AUGAGUAGUUUAAAUAAAAAUCUAACAGCAUACCCUGGUCAUAAAUUACCUCCACUUUUCAAUAUGAUUUCACUUAAAAAUCAUGUUCCAGAUAAACUUCAUAUAAUGUUAUGUAUUACUGACCAUUUAUGGGAGUUAGUUUUACAAGAAAUCAAAAAUAAGAGAUUAUUUAAUGACAUAACUCGGAAUAUUAUAAUUAAGGAGAUGGAAAAUUUAAAAAUCAGGUUUGAGUUUUGGAAUAUUCAUGAACGAACUGCAUUAAUUAAAAGUUUGUGGGAUGGAUUUGCUGAAUUAUAUGAUCUUUUAGGAGAAAAAAAAACAGAUCCACAAUAUUUUCGUUUAAAAGCAAAAGUAUGGUGUGAAUUAUUUUUGAAAAAAACGGUAAUAGAUUUCAAAACUAAUACUAUUUUAGAACAAGGACUUUAUCAAUCAUCAGAUAUAACCCCUUAUAUACAUGUUUUAGUAUCACAUGUUUGGGAAUUUAUGCUUAUCCAUAAAAGGUGGGGAUUAAACACCUUUUCGUGUAGUGCUGUUGAAAAAAAGAAUCACGAUCAUGUCUGUUAUUUUUUUAAGAAAACUCUCAAGAAUGGCGGAAAAUUUCAAAAUAAAACAUUAGCAAUUUGUGAAAUUUUGGAAUAUGAAAACUGA